CGGCGAGAGCACGAACAGAUGAAGGGACAUCUUCAAGGAACACCUGCCAAAACAGGGCCCCAAUGAUCAUGACAAACAAUGCUCACUUGCUUUCCGACUUCCAUGACGCCGUUCACAUUCCCUUGCAGAAAUAUCCUCUCUGCGAAUACACUCUCGCGCUCUCAUGCCAAUGUAACACGUCAAUUUCGAAGAGAGUUUGUUGCACACUGCCGUUCCAACGUUCACCACAGAAUCAUAGGGAUCCCAUCUACUAGCGCGUCCGCGUCAUCCCUCAGCUCUAUAUUGGCUAGACUAAGGUCGCACAGUAUUCGACCAUAUCACAGCUCACUACAGUCUCGUCGACCCUUCGAUUGGCUUGACAAGAUCCCAGGGAACUACAUUUUUUACGGUAUUAUGGGCAUAAAUGGUCUCGUAUUCCUGGCAUGGAUAUCGGAGCAUGGUCAAGCGCGAGCCGCAGCUGCAAGGGGACACCCUUUUUAUUCGUGGAUGCAGGAUAACUUCACCAGCAGCUGGCGGAACACUCUCGUCCGGCCCUGGACCCUUGUCACUGCUAUGUUUUCCCAUAAAGGCAUCGGCCAUCUGUUCUUCAAUACUUUUACAUUCUUCUUUUUCGCCCCAACAAUGCUUGAGAUGUUAGGCAAUAAGCGAUUUAUUGGGGUUUAUCUGGCGUCAGGAGUCAUUGCUAAUGCUUGCCACGUUGCUUGGAGCAACAUCGUCGACAAUCGUGAUAUACCUUGUAUGGGUGCAAGUGGCGCUGUGUAUUCAUUGAUAUCCCUCCUUGCAUGUGUCAAUCCAAGGAUGAUUUUCUCACUCUACGGAAUCAUACCUAUUCCUGCUUGGGCCCUUGUUCCAGGAAUAUUCCUUUGGGAGGCCUAUUCAUCUGUGACCUACAAAGCAGACACUCAGGCCCAUGCAGGCCAUGUCGCCGGUAUGCUGUCGGGCGUAGGAUACUUCCUAGCCAAGAAGUACCGUAUAUUCUAAAGAAGUUUAUACAUUUGUUGCCUGUAGGAAUGCAUGAGUAGUAUUUGUA